AUGCCAUUUUCCCACAAAGACGAGCAAACCCCGGCGAUUUCCACAGGCCCGAAAGGCAAAUACACCUCACUUCUACAAACAGAAGGGUUUACGUUUCUGGGUCGAGAAGAUGGCGACGUAGAGGUUUUUAAUGACGUGUCAAAAGGAAGGACUAGGAUUUUUGACAAAACCUUCGACCCUCUUGAAAAUGAAGACAUCGACAAACACGUAAAUGCAAUGGCUUAUCUCAGCAGCGGGGGAGUGGCAGGUACAUUAUUUGCAGGUAACGAUAGACACAUAAAGACAAUACAAGUAAGAAAUGACACAUCGACUCGGAACAUUUGCAAUGGAAACUAUUCCGAAAAUCUAAGAUUUUCUCCCCAAAAAGUAUGCCAAAAUGUCCAUACCUAUGCCCUCAGUUCGAUGAGUAUCAAUAGCAGUGGUGAAUAUUUGAUAACAUCAGACUACAUAAAGGUAAAUUUGUGGAAUCCGCUAGCACUCAACAGCUUCUACAACAUAGUUGACAUUAAGUCACAGCUGUCCUGUGGCCUAGUCUUUGUAAUUAAUAUUUCCAAAUUUUCACCGUUUGCAGAUAGCAUUUUUGGGUACUCAACAUCCAACGGAAGAUUAAUCAUCAACGAUACCUCAGUGACACCAAGAAGCGAAUCAGUGGCAAGUCUAUCCUUACAAAACAUAGAAGGCAUUAGGUCGAUUUCAGACUUUUUAUUUUUUGAUGAAAAUUUGAUAGUAACAAGAACUAUGAAUAACGUAUCAGUUUUUGAUAUGAGAAAUCCCAAGCAGGAAAUCUACAGCCGAAACUUAGUAACCGAUCUUUCAGAGCUAAACAUUCUCAACAGCGAAACAACAAUCUAUGAGAAGUUUGGAAUGGUAAGCCACAGGGGGAGGGUUUAUACAGGGUCCUAUUUUGGAUCGAUAUAUUCCAUCGACAUUUCAAAAAAUGAAUGCGAGGAGGUGCAAAUCAAGGACGAAAGAGAAUGCGUUCCUGAAAACAAGAUAAAAUUGAUUGUUUGGAAUGGCAAAGAGUUGGUCUGUGUUAUAGGCGAUACGAAAUUAGUAAAAUACCAGAUGGCUGAGAAGUAA